AUGGUCCGCACUUCGGUUCUCCACGAUGCCCUCAACUCCAUCAACAACGCCGAGAAGGCCGGCAAGCGCCAGGUCCUGAUCCGACCCAGCUCCAAGGUCAUUGUCAAGUUCCUGCAGGUCAUGCAGCGCCAUGGCUACAUUGGCGAGUUCGAGGAGGUCGAUGACCACCGCUCCGGCAAGAUCGUCGUUCAGCUGAACGGCCGUCUCAACAAGACCGGUGUUAUCUCUCCCCGCUACAACGUCCGCCUGGCCGACCUCGAGAAGUGGGUUGUCAAGCUGCUGCCUGCCCGUCAGUUCGGCUACGUCAUUCUGACCACCUCGGCUGGUAUCAUGGACCACGAGGAGGCUCGCCGCAAGCACGUUGCUGGCAAGAUUAUUGGCUUCUUCUACUAG